AAUCAGAAUUUCAACAGACUCAAGUGAGUGAGCGUGUAACAUAAAUUACCUAAAAGUUCAAGACAAAGUCUUUUUUAAAAUAGAGUUAUUGUAACCGAUUAAAGUAAAAAUGUUCCGUCUACCAGUUUCACUUGCUCGUUCAUCCAUUAGCCGGCAAUUGGCUUUGUCCAGCCGUGGCUAUGCCAAGGAUGUGAAAUUCGGUCCCGAAGUGAGGGCCAUGAUGCUGCAGGGUGUCGAUGUGCUUGCCGAUGCUGUGGCUGUGACCAUGGGACCAAAGGGCCGUAAUGUCAUCAUUGAGCAGUCAUGGGGUUCACCCAAAAUCACCAAGGAUGGCGUCACAGUGGCCAAGUCCAUUGAGCUGAAGGAUAAAUUCCAGAAUAUUGGUGCCAAAUUGGUUCAGGAUGUGGCCAACAACACCAACGAGGAGGCUGGCGAUGGAACCACCACAGCAACAGUCUUGGCUCGUGCCAUUGCCAAGGAGGGCUUCGAGAAGAUCUCGAAGGGUGCCAAUCCAGUGGAGAUUCGUCGCGGUGUCAUGCUUGCGGUCGAGACGGUCAAGGACAAUCUGAAGGCAAUGUCCCGCCCAGUGAACACACCCGAAGAAAUCGCCCAGGUGGCCACAAUCUCGGCUAACGGCGACCAAGCCAUUGGUAAUCUCAUCAGCGAGGCCAUGAAGAAGGUAGGACGCGAUGGCGUCAUCACCGUCAAGGAUGGCAAGACCCUCAACGAUGAGCUCGAGGUUAUCGAAGGCAUGAAAUUCGAUCGUGGUUACAUUUCACCAUAUUUCAUCAACUCGUCGAAGGGUGCCAAGGUGGAAUUCCAGGAUGCUUUGCUUCUGUUGUCGGAGAAGAAGAUCUCAUCGGUGCAGAGCAUCAUUCCGGCUCUUGAGCUGGCCAAUGCACAGCGCAAGCCAUUGGUUAUCAUUGCCGAGGACAUUGAUGGUGAGGCUCUGAGCACUUUGGUGGUGAACCGUCUGAAGAUCGGUCUCCAGGUAGCCGCAGUCAAGGCUCCCGGCUUUGGUGACAACCGCAAAUCUACUCUCACCGACAUGGCCAUUGCAUCGGGUGGCAUUGUCUUUGGCGAUGAUGCCGAUCUGGUCAAACUAGAGGAUGUGAAGGUCAGUGACCUGGGUCAGGUGGGUGAAGUUGUCAUUACCAAGGAUGACACUCUCCUGCUGAAGGGCAAGGGCAAAAAGGAGGAUGUCACCCGUCGCGUUGAUCAAAUCAAGGAUCAAAUCUCAGACACCACAUCCGAAUAUGAGAAGGAGAAACUGCAGGAGCGUCUGGCCCGUUUGGCUUCCGGUGUUGCCCUAUUGCGCGUCGGUGGCUCCAGUGAGGUGGAGGUCAACGAGAAGAAGGAUCGCGUCCAUGAUGCCCUAAAUGCCACCCGUGCUGCGGUCGAAGAAGGCAUUGUUCCCGGCGGUGGCACUGCUCUGCUCCGUUGCAUCGAGAAAUUGGACAGUGUUGGCACUCAGAACGAGGAUCAGAACUUGGGCGUUGAAAUUGUGCGUCGUGCCCUUCGCAUGCCUUGCAUGACAAUUGCCAAGAAUGCCGGAGUCGAUGGUGCCAUGGUGGUGGCCAAGGUGGAGACUCAAGCCGGAGAUUUCGGUUACGAUGCCCUCAAGGGUGAAUAUGGCAAUCUCAUCGAGAAGGGCAUUAUCGAUCCCACCAAAGUGGUGCGCACAGCCAUCACAGAUGCCUCUGGUGUUGCUUCCCUGCUGACCACCGCGGAGGCUGUUGUCACUGAAAUUCCCAAGGAUGAUGCUGCCCCUGGCAUGCCCGGCAUGGGUGGUAUGGGCGGUAUGGGAGGCAUGGGCGGUAUGGGUGGCAUGAUGUAAGAGAUUCCACCUUUCCGACCAAAACUCGCAUCCACCCCAUCAUGCAGGCAGUCAUAAGUCCCGUCAGUCAUAGUGCAGAAACACACCAAGAAUCAGAGUGAGGAAGGAGGCAGUGCCUGGUGAAGGGAAAAGACGACGGGGCGAUAUAUCUCACCAAUAUCUCUUACUUCGGUGCAGCUGCAGCCAUUAAGAAGUCACAUCUUAUCCAUACACACACACACACAUAAACAUUCGUUAUUCCUUGAUGGAAACAUGUUUUUGCUUUGCAUUUAUCCUUACUUCCUUUGGCAACAAACAGAAACCACAAGCACAAAACUCUCGCCAAACAAACAAAAAAACUUCUAUUGGUUGCUCCGUAUCCCCCGCAAUAUAAAACCCUCCUCAUCCACUGAUUCUCCCACAUGAUUUGCCGGUUUUCUGCAUUAAAUGUUUCUUCUUCUUUUUUUAACUAUUCCUUAAAAAAAAAACUAUUUUUUACAUGUUAUAUAUGUAAAGGUACCGUUAGUUGUAAAAACAAAAAAUUUAAAAUUAAUAAAACAAACAAAAAA